UUUAAAUAAUAAAUGAUUUAUUUAUUUUUCGGUUUGUUUUUGUUUUGAUUUCCACCAGGCUGAUGCAUUUUGCUGCCCACUUUUGCGAGAAAACGCCGAACUAAUCGCUUUCGUUAUAUGUAUUUAUUAUUAUUUUUUGUUGCUUUUUGCAUGUCACCAACAGAAACAGAAAAAAAAAAAAAACGAAACACACUGAAAAACGCGCGCGUACACUUGUAUGUGAAUAUGUGUUGGUAUUGGCGCGCGUGUGAGUGUGUGCGAAUUUGCAAGAGACGGGGCGUAUGAGCAAUGCCGUGGCGAAAACUUUGCCACUUUUGUUGUCUGCGACGAAAGCAAAAACAGCGAGACACCGUAAAAAAAGACAAGUAAUAUAAACACAGCUUUACAUGCGCAGUUUUUGUUGUUGUUUUUAUCCGGCUGCUGUGGCGUUGCACUGCGUAUUACUGUUUUUUCCUCUUUUUUUUUUACUUUUUAGAGCGUCCGCGUUGCGGCGACGCGUUGUAAGCGGUUCGAAAGGUAGCGCAGCACUGGCGCUCUGCCGCCAAUUCGAUCAGCUGAGCGCCAGCCGAGAGCGAGCCGAAGAGUGCCGAACGACGCAGCUCGCUCUCCGCCCUACCACUACCACUACCACUGCUCUACCACUCAGUAGCUGUGCGCUGGUGUGCUGUAAACGCUUUUACAUUCCGCGCCCGAAUUUUUCGUGCUUUUCCCGUGUUUUCCCUGUGGGCCAUCGUUUCGCUGCUGCUCGGUCUCGGUUUGGGCCAACACUUGUCGCCUCUUGGCCAUUAUGCAACGACAGCGAAACGAAGGUGCUCACGACGGGCUCGAAGUGGCCAGGCUGCUCUCUGAUUGGUCGGUGGUCGGCGCCACGAGGCCACCCGAAGUGCGCGCUCUCUUGCGAGAACUCGUUAGCUCUCUCCGCCGCUCUUUUGGGAGAAAUGCGAUAG